GGCCCCGGCUCCCGAGAUGUUAGAGGCGCGCCGGGCGGCCGCGGAGCAGACUGCCGGGCUGCGAGCUCCGCCGUCCCGCCAUGGACCCCGCUCCGCCCCCCGCCGCCUCCUUCUCGCCCGCCGAGCUCCAGCGGCGCCUGGCGGCCGGCGCCUGCUGGGUCCGCCGCGGCGCCAGCCUCUACGACCUCACCGGCUUCGUGCGGCAUCACCCGGGGGGCGAGCAGCUGCUGCGGGAGCGGGCCGGCCAGGACAUCGCUGCCGACCUGGACGGGCCGCCCCACAGACACUCGGACAACGCCCGCCGCUGGCUGGAGCAGUACUACGUGGGCGAACUGCGAGGCGACCCGCAGGAUCCCACGGAGAAUGGUGCUGUAGCCUCUCCAGAGACUCAGAAGACAGACCCUGGUACUGAGCCACAGUUCAAAGUAGUGGACUGGGACAAGGACCUGGUGGACUGGCAGCAGCCCCUCCUGUGGCAGGUGGGCCACUUGGGAGACAAGUAUGAUGAGUGGGUUCACCAGCCGGUGGCCAGGCCCAUUCGCCUCUUCCACUCAGACCUCAUCGAGUCUCUCUCCAAGACUGUCUGGUAUAGUGUCCCCAUCAUCUGGGUGCCCCUGGUGCUGUACCUCAGCUGGUCCUACUACCGAACCCUCAGCCAGGACAACAUCCGGCUCUUCUCAUCAUUCACAACAGAUUAUUCCGUGGCAGUGCCAGAGUCCAUGUUCCCAGGCCUCUUUGUGCUGGGCAUGCUUAUCUGGACCCUCAUCGAGUACCUCAUCCACCGCUUCCUGUUCCAUAUGAAGCCCCCCAGCGACAGCCAUUACCUCAUCAUGCUGCACUUUGUCAUGCAUGGCCAGCACCACAAGGCACCCUUUGAUGGCUCCCGCCUGGUCUUCCCUCCAGUGCCAGCCUCUCUGGUGAUUGCCUUCUUCUAUGUAUUACUGCGGCUCAUUCUGCCCGAGGCCGUGGCAGGCAUCGUCUUUGCUGGGGGCCUCCUGGGCUACGUCCUCUAUGACAUGACCCAUUACUACCUGCACUUCGGCUCACCACACAAGGGCUCCUACCUAUACAAGAUGAAGGCCCACCAUGUGAAGCAUCACUUCGAAUACCAGAGAUCAGGGUUUGGCAUCAGCACUAAAUUGUGGGAUUACUUUUUCCACACCCUCAUUCCAGAGGAAUCCCACCAGAAGAUGCAGUGACAACCCCUACACCCUCUGUGCUGCCCUCAUUCUAUCCCCGGCCCCUGCACCCUGUCCUACCCCCACCUCCAUCCAGACCCUGCUAAGGUCAGUGUGGCCAGGCAGGACGGGCUCUGUUUAGCCCUGGGGCUUGGUGGAGACCUGAAGGCAGGACUGCCCUUCUGGCUUACUGUAUGAGGAGAGCAUCCUCUUGAUAGCCAAGUGGCCCUUGAGGAUUGACUCAUUCCCAGAGAAGUAUGACCUCCCUAUUGGCGUUCCUGCCCAUGCUUCAGCCCUCAGCGCUGCUUCAGGGCCCAGAAAAUGGCCCCAAGGGGCAUGAAGGAAACUGACCCCACCUGUGCCUUAGAACCCUGGGCUUCCUGGGGGCUUCUCCGUGCAGCAGAGGGACCAAUGUCGCAGCAGAAGCAUGGCCUGAAGGCCUGUGGCCACAUCUUACUCUCCUUCCCUCUCUUGAGAGAGUUUGAUGGUUCAGAAGUGAAUGAAGGGCUAUCCCAAGAAGAGCCAGCAUGAUGCCUCCCACAGGCCAUUCCCAGACCCUGGAAGAGCCAAUCUGGUCCCUGCCAACCACACCACCUGUUGUGUCAGUGGCAAUAAUCCAGCAUUCAUUUACCUGGGCAGAAAGCAUGAGGGUGGCUGGCACCCUCUACAAGGCUGACUGGAGCUCUAGCCCUUGUCUUUGGGAAUCAACAGCUGCUUUCUCUAUCUCCCCUCUCCCCCAAGACCACAGAACUGCUCCCCAGCAGCGGCUGGAGCGGUCUCUGCAUUGGUGAGAGCCCCUCCCUCGCCCUGGCCGUUCCUAGCCUCCGCCUGCUCAGGUAGAUGCCCGCCCCCACUCAGGACCCUCCCAACAGUGCCUCCUGAAGCCAAGAUGGAGCUCUCAUCUGGUGCCUUCUCACCUUCCUCACCUCCCAGACCGUUUCUUCCUUGUAACCAGAGUCCUCACUGCUCCUGGAGUCUUAUUUAUAAACUACAUAAAUAUUCUUAAUCUGGCCCCAAAUGAAGUGGCUGUUCAGAUGUCCCUUUCUAAUCCUAUGUAUUGAGCUUACUUUUUUUAAAAAUCAUCUUGCCUUCCUUUUUGUUCUUUUCUUACCCACAAGCCAUUACUACUUGAAACUCGUCAAAAACCCAAUGGGUGCAAAGACUAAAGAGAAAACAGCAUGACCAGCCCUGUGAUUUGUACUGUUUACGGUGAAGCUAUCUAGAGAUUUUGGGAUAAAUAUACAAAACUGCAGUUGUGAAAUAAAGAUGUAAAUAAAUUGUAUAUUUUGAAAAAAAUAAAACAUUGAGAAGAAA